AUGCCUGGCGCACUUUCCUCGGUAGCGCACGAGAGCAGCGACGAUGAGCCACAGAAGGCACGGCGCACGCUCUCCCCAUCGAUCAUCGAAAGCGUGGCGGGGCUUAGCGCAGGUGUCGUGUCGUGCCUCGCUGCCCACCCGCUCGAUCUUCUCAAGAAUCGGCUCCAGCUCAACACGCAGACGCCGCCGCGACUCGGCGAUUCAUUUCGCAUCCUGCGCAAUGUCGUCAGAGAUGAGGGCGGCGUCGGGGCACUGUAUCGCGGGCUGUGGCCGAAUCUCUUGGGCAACAGCUUGGGCUGGGGCUUGUACUUUUUGUUCUACGGGAAUCUGAAGGAGCUGCUGCAGCGCCAGAGGAGCGAGGGGGAGCUUCUGGGCAGCGCCGACUUCUUUUCAGCCAGCAUCGCCGCCGGCCUCCUCACGGGCGCCUGCACGAAUCCUAUCUGGGUGGUCAAGACGCGCAUGCUCGAACGCGGCGCGAACCACCCCUCGGCCUACAAGACGAUGCGAAUCGGCCUCCGCCACGUUUACAACACGCGUGGGCUGAAGGGCCUCUGGGCCGGGUUCGUGCCCUCGUCGCUUGGCGUCCUGCAUGGUGCGGUGCAGUUCUCUAUCUACGAGAACAUGAAGAAGCGACGAGGCACGCAGCUCGGCGGCCAGGACAAGCUGACCAACUGGGAGUACGUGUACAUGAGCGGCGGGAGCAAAUUGCUAGCUGGCGCCAUCACCUAUCCCUACCAGCCCAUCCGUGCCAGGAUGCAACAGUUCAAUGCUGCCCAACAAUACAACGGCCUUUGGGAUGUCCUGAGGAAAACGUAUCGCAACGAAGGCCUGCUCGCGUUCUACAAGGGCGUCAUCCCCAACAUACUUCGCGUCAUCCCUACAACCGUCGUCACUUUUCUUGUUUACGAAAACACAAAACUAUACUUGCCCAAGCUCUUUCCAAACGAUGAGGAGCUAGCUCACGAUGAAGACUAA